AAAAAUCUAAAAUAGGAAUCAGAUAUUAUGCAACCAUAAUUUACCAUAUGUUAUAUUAAUUCCAAAAAGUGGAAUAAUUACCAUCCCAUAUAUAAUCACCCCCACCCCAUCACUGUAGAAAAUCAAGACUUACCAAGAAAGUUAAACUACAGAGAAAUUGGUUCUAAUCUAUUUUAUUUAUUGCUGUAUAUGGUGGGAAUGGCAGUUGUUGAACCAACCUUUUCUGAGAGCUUGGCUGGCAGAAAUAGAAGGGAGACAGCAGAGCCCAAGAGGAAGCCAAGAUCAGUAAUCAGCUUCCCCAGAUUGCUUUGCUCCAGCAGAUCCUUAAAGUCCAGGCCGCCCGCAAAAUCCAGAUUCCGGUGCCUAAGGAUUGAUCCAUCCAGUUCUAGUGGUGGCUCGAGCCCGGAGAAAUCAAGCCCUGUUCAAAUGCCGGGUGCAUCUCCUCAUUUCAUGAAGGGCACUGCCUGCUAUGAUGCAAAGAAGGAAAGUUUUCAGGGAGGGAUUGAAUGCGAUGAUGUGAAGUCUGUUGAUUCUUCAAUAUCGGUGAAGCGUGACAGCAAAAGCAAGAACUUGAAAGGAGCCAGAAAGGCGAUUAAAAGUUUCGGAAGCACAAGAUCAUUCAGGAGGGGGAGAUCAAGGAUCAUGAAGCCAACUGCAAAUCACUCACCUUGUUCAGUAGAGACAUCGGAGGAUUCCCCGCUUAAUCAGAUGAAGGCGGCGAGCUGCACUGAAAGGAGGAAGGGUCAUUUCCUCCGGGCAAGUCCUCGAGGCUCUGAAUCUAGUUUUGAUAGCAGUGAUCAGAGUUCUCAGUCAAACUUGGCUGCUUCUUCUAGUGUGAAAUCUUUCCAGACUUUGAUGAGGAGUUCUAGCUUGAGAACGUUGAGGGUUAGUUUCAAAUCCAGGAGGCGUUCUGCGAAGUUUCUUCCCGAGGCCAAACCUGUGGAUACAGCAACAUGCUCUUCCACCAUUAAGAACUCCAAGUUCCCUGAAAAGGUUGAGCUGCUACCUGGGCAAGCUGAAUCGGAAAGAAUUUCAGUGUAUCGAGUUUGUUCAUAUCAUCAUUGUUCUCUUAAUGGACAUUCUCAUGAUUCACCAUCAAUCCCACCAAAGCGCGUCCAUCCAAGAAGGAGAUGGUCAACAUCUGGGAAAACCACAAAACUAAGCACAAAAGAAUUAAUUCCUAUUGAUACUAGUCAGAUAAGCUCUGGUGUUGAUCCUUUAAUGCAUAAGAAAAGUAGUCCACAACCAACCGUUUCUGUCACAGAAGAUAGCAGUGUGAGGGAAAACAGUGAAUCUUAUGCUGACCUGGUUGAAAUUAUCUUUGGGGAAACAUCAUUUCCAGAGAAGAAUUACCAGGAGACUCUCAAUCAAAUUGGGAAAACAGCAAAUUGGUGUUGUAGCUGCAAUUCUUCUAAACCCAAUGUAGACUCAGAGGAGUUCAGAGAGAACCAGGAAGAAAUAUCGGAGCCAGACAAGGGUCUAAUUGUCAAGCCAACUCCAGCUGGAGAAUUGGAAUCCAAGAACCUUCCACAAGUUGUAGAUUCUGAAGCCAAAUCCUCUUCUUUGAAGACACCCACACCCCAGGAUAGCAAAGAGAAGCAAUUGAGCAUGUGGAACCUUAUACAUCAUCAUAUGGUGUCAGGUCUUGCUGCAGGAUCCAACAACAAACCAUUGAACGGAUCCGAUGAAGCAAACCAUGCUGAUGAUUCAAACAAAUUACCUGCGGCACCAGAAAGUUCCAGGGUGUAUGCAGAUGUGGCUGCUGCUGCUGCAGAUCAGGAUGGCGAGAAUCAGGAGAUUGAAGUCCGGAAGCUUUUAGCGAUUAAGCUAGUACGAGAAGCAAUAGAGAAGGUUCUCCUUCCAGAAGUUCCAGACCAGUCAUCUGACGAUCAAUCAAUAACAAGUGAAACCACUUCAGAACAAGAAAUAUUGGAAAUCAAUAAAGAAAAUGCCUCUGUCCAAGAAAACUACAUGGAUGCUGACAGGAAUCAAGAUUUAGCCACUGCACUACCUGGUUCAAAAGAGUCAGAGUCAAGUGUCAUCACCGAUAGUAAUGGUAGCCAAGGGGAAGUGAAAACAAGAAGAGAGGUUGCAAUGAAAUCAGAGAGGAAAGCACCAAAACACUGGAGCAAUCUCAAGAAAUGGAUUCUUCUCCAACGGUUCAUCAAGGAAUUGGAAAAAGUGAAAAGGAUCAGCCCAAUGAAGCCAAGGCAACUCCAGCUAGAGCACGAUCCAGAAGCAGAAAAGGUUCGUCUGAGACCGCAAGUAGUGGACGAAAAGAGAAGAACUGAAGAAUGGAUGCUAGAUUAUGCACUACAGCAAGCAGUCAGCCAACUUGCUCCAACUCAGAGAAGGAAAGUGGAACUGCUUGUAAGAGCUUUUGAAACAGUGGUUCCACCUCAAGGAGGUAAUAACACUGAAGUCACACUUUCUAAGUUCAAAUCCAAUAGUGAAGAACACUUGCAAAUGACAAUCAAGGAGAACAAGUUUUCCUCAGAAGUAAAUGAAACAAUUCAUCCUGUUAGUGGUGGGUCUGAUGAAAGAUGCAAAACAGAGGAACUUGACGCUUCAAGUGGUAUAAUCCCAAGCUUAGCCCAUCAGUUUGAUGGAGAAAGCCCAACUGUACCUGGCAAGCAGAACAAGAAGGCAGCUGAUGCAAAGAGUGUUGCUCUCCAAGGCUCACAUGAAGGUGCAGAUUUAAAUUCAAAUUCUGAAUCUCCCACUCGUGCUUCAAUAAAGAGUACCAAGAGCACAGAGCUUGAUGCUCAAGAUGGCAAUUCUUUCACAAAUCCAAGCAUACUAGGAGAUGGUAGUGAAAGACUCCAAUCAACGAAGAAUAUCCUUGAGGAGACAGAAAGAAAACCAGAGCACCAACCUGAAGUUUGUGGUGGAAAUUCUCUGAUAGAAUCAAUGUCUGGAUGCAAAGGAAACAACAAUGGGGGAGACACGAAGCAUCUAGAAAAGCGGAAGUACAUCAGCAUGUGGCAUAUGAUAUCUCAGCAUGUACUCACAGGUGUUGUAUCAAAAGCCGGGACAGAGUUGCUUAAUGGAGCAGAUGAUGAGGUAGAAGAUGCAAUUACUGUGGAAGAAACCAAAACUCACCGUUCUUGCCAGGAUUUAUCGGAACCACAUGAUCACACAGAUGCAAUUUGUGAAAAUGUUGAUUCAGGCCAUCAGAGGAGAAAUUUCAGCAGAGAUGAUGCCAUCAAACUUGUAAGAGAGGUAGUUAAUGAGAUCCUUGUAACACAGGUUCAAGAUGAUUCCUCCGACACACAAUCAGUCACUAGCGACACACUUCCAGAGCAGGAACUCCCAGUCACAAGCCAGAUUGGAGAUGGAGAACACAAUGGAUCAGCUUUGAGUGAGGAGAACUUGAAAGAAUGUAACAAAAGUGAGGGUACAGUUACAAUGGAGAAAGAAGGAAACACGAGUAUAGAUGAUAGUAUCAUCAAGGAACAUGAAAAGAGAGAAGUUACUCUUGCUAAAGCCAAACCUGGGCUGUCAAAGUCCAAGAAUUGGAGCAAGCUGAAGAAACUCCUCCUCCUUAAGAGAUCAAUCAUGGCUCUGGAAAGUGCACGGAAACUCAAAUUUCCACCACAAAUAGACCUGCCACAAACACCUAAUCCAGAACCAGAGAAAGUGGAUCUAAGGCAUCAAAUGACGGAUGAAAGGAAGAAGGCAGAACAAUGGAUGCUUGAUUAUGCAGUCCAAAAUAUUGUCACUAAACUAACUCCGGCUCGUAAAAGAAGGGUGGCAAUGCUCGUGGAAGCUUUCGAAGCAGUUGUUCCACUCCCUGAAGUGUAAACUCAGUAGAUGUGCAUAUUUGUCAAAUCAACACACAUUCUAUUGAGACUGGCAUAUACAAGCUAGUAAGGUGGGAUAGCAAGAUCAAGCAGCAGUCAAUCAUUUGAUUUCGAUGGUGUCAAAUUCUUCUACAUUCUUUGAUAUAUUUCCAGCAAAUAGUGGUAAUGGUUUUGCUCGUCAUGGCUGCUUUAAUCCUGUUUCUCUAAGGUUGGAAGAAAGAACAUUGUCAAAAAUAUACAGGCGUAUGUCUCUUGUUCUUAUACUGAGCGUAUUUACAGGUUCUUCAAUGCAAUUAUAGUGAAAGUUGUCAGUACAUCUGUAAGGUUGAAUUCAUUAUUUAUUUGUAUACACUUCUUUCUUGAACUAGAAGAAAAUGAUGAAAUGGUAUUCAUA